AUGAAUUUGAAAGUUCUCCUAUCGCGUAUUCUGCAAAGUCAUUUCAAGCAGAUCAUCAGCGGACAUAAUAGGAUUCUUUUCGGAAAUUUCAUGGACCUGAAGCAGCAACUUUUGUUCUUUUCAUCUUCUUGCUAUUUGCUGUUAGACAACUCGCAGCAGCACAUUUCAAAACGAGAAUUGAGAAUUAAGAAGAAAAGUUCAUGCAUUCGAUUUAGCGCAUCUGCGCUUUAUGCUUCAAAUGGAAUUUGA